AUGACAAAGUUGCAAGGUAGAGAGCUAUAUAAUUCCAUUGGAAACCCCAAACGUAUAGUUGCACCAAUGGUUGAUCAAUCAGAACUAGCUUGGAGAAUUUUAUCUCGUCGCUAUGGUGCCACAUUAUGCUAUACACCUAUGUUUCAUGCGAAACUGUUUGCCACUAGUGAAAAAUAUAGAAAAGAUAUGUGGUCUGAAUUGGAUGGUGAUGAUUCAAAAGAUCGUCCAUUAGUUGUACAAUUUUGUGCUAAUGAUCCUGAAUAUUUAUUACAAGCUGCUAAAUUCGUGGUGGGGAAAUGUGAUGCUGUUGAUUUAAACUUGGGUUGUCCUCAAGGUAUUGCUAAAAAAGGUGGAUAUGGUGCAUUUUUAAUGGAUGAUUGGGAUUUGAUUUAUAAGUUGAUUAAUAAAUUACAUACAGAAUUGGAAAUUCCUGUGACUGCCAAGAUAAGAGUCUAUGAAGAUAAGCAAAAAACUUUGGACUAUGCUAAAAUGGUGUUGAGUGCAGGUGCUCAAUUUUUAACAGUUCAUGGUCGUUUAAGAGAACAAAAGGGUCAAAAAACUGGGUUAGCUGAUUGGGAAAUAUUGCAGUAUUUAAGAGAAAGCUUACCAAAGGAUACAGUAUUUUUUGCCAAUGGUAAUAUCUUGUAUCCUGAAGAUAUAACGAGAUGUUUGACUAAAGUUAAUUGUGAUGCCGUUAUGAGUGCUGAAGGUAAUUUAUAUAAUCCAGGUGUUUUCAUGAAAGAAAGUGCUGAUUUAGAGAAACAGUUCCCAAGAGUUGAUCAAUUAUUAAGGGAAUAUUAUGAGAUUGUUAAAGAGUGCCCUGGUAAUGCAUCUAAAAUUGCAAUGAAAUCACAUUUCUUUAAAAUUUUGAGACCAUUCUUACCACACCAUACAGAUAUAAGACAACAAAUAGCCACAUGUACACCAAAGCAUAAAUUUGAAGAGAUUGAACAGAUUGUGAUAAAUGUGGAGAAAAUUGUUCAAGAAAUCUUUGCUAAACCAGAUAUUGAAGAGCUAGACAAAAUUACCACAGGUGAGCAACAACUAUGGGGUGGUGCUUACAAGACAAUUCCAUAUUGGAGAUGUCAACCAUAUUUUAGACCUGUUGAUGGUGUCACUGGUGAUAAAAGAGUUACAGAUGCAUUGAAACAAAAAGAAGAGGGAAAAACUGCUGAAGUUGUAGAAAGCACAUCAACAGAGCAAGAUAAAAACAACAAAAGAAGAGCCGAGGAAGAGCUUGAUAAUGAGUCCAAGAAACAAAGCAAUUAG